AUGCAUUCCAUCCGUCUCAUUCAUAAAGGGCGUCAAUCACCUGAGUCUCAAAAAAAAUACACUCUGGCUGGCGAAUGGCAUAGUAAUACACAACUUCGACAAGCAGUUGAAUUUAUUAUCUACACAUCUAAUAUGUCUGUUUGUCAAAGCUUGAAAAAUUCAAUUACCUCACGUUGUAGUUUAUCGAAUUUUGAAGUUCAGUACUCAUUACAAGGUCAACAGACAGCAGCUCGAACUCUUGAAGUGACCACCGAACAUGUAACGAAAACGUCGAUGUUCAAUAAAAUAAAGUCUCAAUUACCUUCAAAUGCUCAAGACACAAUUGCUUUGACUGGUGAUGACUAUAAAGAUCUCUUGAGUGAAACCAUGGAUCAAAUUACAAUGAAUUUACGAGUUGAAGAAGGUUUUGAAAGCAUACAAGAUUCAAUUGCAAUCGAUCGAAUGCUUGAUCGUCAACUGCAGGACAAGCACGCUAAAUUGACAACAGCAAACGAUCACAUGUGGGAUUCGCUGUAUUGGACACCUGAGUUAACACGACCCGAUCGGUUAUCGAAAGUACUGAAUAAAGUUAUAAAACAAGAUGCUACAGAUUCGGAUAAAUUUCGCUACGAUUAUUCACAGGCAGAUGAAGCUAUAAAACAAAAUUUAAAACUUGACGAACGACAAAAGCUUGAAAAUUUUCAAAAACAUUUGGCGGCACAAUCUAGAAAUACAACACAUACAAGCGAUGUUGAUACGCAUGUCGGCUAUGAAUCAGGCGGCAGUUUUGCCGGCAUAGCCUCGGGAAAUAUGAAAUUCAAUACAGACGUUUCAUAUUUAACCCUUUGA